AUGUGCUACAGAGUACCUAUAAAGGGACUUUCCAAUGAGAGUGUUCCAGACAUGUGCUACAGAGUACCAAUAAAGGUACUUUCCUAUGAGAGUGUUCCAGACAUGUGCUACAGAGUAUCUAUAAAGGGAUUUUCCAAUGACCGUGCUCCAGACAUGUGCUACAGAGUACCUAUAAAGGGACUUUCCAAUGACAGUGUUCCAGACAUGUGCUACAGAGUACCUAUAAAGGGACUUUCCAAUGACAGUGUUCCAGACUUGUGCUACAGAGUACCUAUAAAGGGACUUUCCAAUGAGAGUGUUCCAGAUAUCUGCUACAGAGUACCUUUAAAGGGACUUUCCAAUGACAGUGUUCCAGACAUGUGCUACAGAGUACCUAUAAAGGGACUUUCCAAUGACAGUGUUCCAGACAUGUGCUACAGAGUACCUAUAAAGGGACUUUCCAAUGAGAGUGCUCCAGACGUGCUACAGAGUACCUAUAAAGGGACUUUCCAAUGA